GAGAGCUGGGAUUUCACAAUAACGGGUCUUACUGACAGCAGACUGCUGCAACCAGAGGAAGCCGGUCUGUACUAUAACAACCCUGUCUGUAGUUGAGGACUGUCAGUUGUUGUUGUUGUUGUUGUUUUUUGUUCGUGUGAGAAGGUUAAAAGGAGUCACAACAAUCUCUCAACUGAUGCUGUUUGCGUGUAAGUGAUGGUGUGAGGAGUCGGUGAAGGGAGACUCAUGCGCAAAAAUGCGAAUUAUUCUCCCUUUGCUGUGUGUUCUGUGCGCCACACCGGUCCACGGCAUUUUUGACGGAACCUGUCCCAGAAAAGACCCUCCCCCUGGUGUGUUGGUUUUAUCCCCUGGCAGUUCGUUGGUUUUGACCUGCAGUGGUCAUGUGGAGGUGGAUGGAGUAAAGGUCAGCAUUGCCAGACAAGGCUCAAACACCAACAGAAGAGGGAGUUCUUCUGAUGCAACCCCAACAACCACUGUAAACAUUAGAAGCAACACUGAAGUUUCAAUGAAAAGUGAAAAGCAUACUGUGGAGAAUACUGUAAGUGAGGGAUACCACCCUGACCUGACUGAUGCGGGAGAAAACAGAAGCCUCGGGCGUACAGCUACAGGAUACACAGCUUCUCCCACCACUCACACGGCCUGGCAAACCAGCGUGAGCAGACUGCUAAAGAAUGAAUCCGACUGGGAGGCUAAGGAGAUGGGUGGCGAGAGCGAUUACGAGGAGGAGGAGGAGGAGGAGGCGGGGGAGGAAGGGAGCAGAGUAACAAGGGGCAUAAAGUCAAGGCUACAGUGGAAGUGGAACAGUAGGACGGUGGGAAAAGGAGACAGAGACUGGGGAGAAAUCACAUUUGAGAGGAGAAGGGCGUCACUGUCUCUGUCCUCAGUAAGACUGACAGACUCUGGGAGGUACAGUUGUUAUCACAGAGGCAGAGAGAGGUUCUCUUUAAAAGUAAACAUUGCAGAUCCUCCAGAGAAUCCCAGCCUGUCCUGCUACAAAAGGUCACCCAGCAGUAAGAUCCGCUGUGAGUGGGCACCCCAGAAGCCCGUCACUAUAAGACCUAACUGUUACCUCUUACUCAGUAAAAGCCUGGCAGAGGGUUUCCGUCGUUCACAGUGCUCAUACUCAUCUCGGCGCUCCCGCUGUUGGUGUGCUCUGGAACACAAUUGGGACGAGCUGAGAACCCUUCACAUGGCCUACCUGUGUGUUACGAGCAUCGCUGGCAACGCCACCAGCGCCCUGCGGCACUUCCUACCUAUGGACAUUUUAAAGCCAGACCCUCCAUCAGAUGUGUCAGUUCGACAGGAGGAGGGACAGGAGAUGAGGAUGACAGUCAGCUGGAGUUUGCCAAUCUCCUGGAUGCCUCACGACCACUAUUAUAAACUAAUCUACGAGAUUAAAUACCAACCUCUCAAGUCCUCCUUUUGGCAGAUACAUAGGAUUGAGGACCAGCAGCGCUCCUACACUAUCACUGAUGCAAUGCCUGGUGUUGAGUACCUGAUACAGCUCAGAACUAGAGACGAGUAUGAUGGUCAGUGGAGUGACUGGAGUACACCUGCCACCAGAUGGACGGGGGGAGGCCGCCUUAUGGUUUUAGAGACCUGGAAGGGAUUAAUUACGUGGACCUGUAAAUCAUUGAACUUGAUCACCUCGGUAUUACGUGAUCCACCUUGGACACAGACAAAAGUAGUCAUGACAACUUGAAGAGGAAAGCCACCUGUUUCCUUUCCACACAAUUAGGGUUUUCAAAAGAAGCCAAAUAAACACUCUCCCAUACUUACAUACUGGUACCCCCUCCUGUUAUGUUUCUCGUCCUUUCUGAAUAAGUUUACGCAUUAUGCAUAGCAUGCAUGCAGUAUUCUGGAUCCUUUGUACAUCUUCAUAGAGUUGAAAAUAUUUAGAAAACAUUUAUGAAUGCAUCCUCAUAUUCUGAUGUUCUUUGCAAAAGGAAAUAUACCCCAUGAAAAAUGAAAGUGACACAUGUUUUCGCUACGUGAAAGUAUUUUUUAACAUAUCAUUCUAUACUCUUUUUUUCAUUCCAUUGAAAUUAUUUAUAUCUUUUUGAUGUGUCAUUAUUUAGGGGUUUCACUUUCUUGGGAAUAAGACGAGAAGAUUAAUACUCUAAUGUCUUGUUGUUUUUAGAUUUUGUUUAUUCCGCAUAUUUUACAAAUUACAUUUAUGGUGGUAAUUAGUGAGCAGCUGGUAGGCAGGACUUUUUUUUAUCUUUGGACAGAGUCAGGUUAGCUGUAUCUCCCUGUUUCCAGUCUUUAUGCUAAGCUAAGCUAAUUGUAUCCUGCUGAAGGUCCAUGUUUAUUGUACAGACAUGAGAGUGGUAUUUCUUUAUCUCUCAGGAAAAAAAGCAUGUAUAAACAAUAUAAACUAUUUCUUCCUGGUGGCCUCGGGAUGUAAGAAGCUGACCAUGUAAUCACUUCGUUAUUAACUUGCGCAGUCUGGGAACAGACUGCGACCUUUGUUGCAUGUUGUCAACUUUUCUCUCUCCUCUCAUUUUGUGUCAACCCUUAUCAUUUGGUAUGUUAUCAAAUGAAAGACUGCCCUAAAAAUAUAGUAUCCCGUGUCUCAGGAUAUGUACAGCUCCACUGGUUUAUGAUUUUAAAUCAUUUUCAAUUAUUUAAACACCUUUUAAUUUACUUUUAGAUCAUGGAAUGUGGCUUUACAUAAUAGCACUGUAUCAUGGUUAGGAAAAAGACUUGCACAAACUGAGAUCAAUCAGAUAAAUAGACCUCAAACCAGCUCAUUGUGGUUCCCUUAAUCCCAAUUUAAUCUUCCAGUCUCUGUAAAAGGAUGUGAUGGUCAAUGGUGUUGAAUGCAGCCAUAACAUCUAACAAAAAGAGUACAUAUACCAGUCCUUUGUCUGAUGCAAGUAGAAGGUCAUUUGUAACUUUUGCCCGUGCUGUAUUUGUGAAAUGAUACACUCUAAAUCCUGACUGGAAAUUCUCAAAUAAGCUAUUCUUAUUUUUUGGGGCUUUUUGGCCUUUAAUUGAUAGGAUAGAUGUAGACGGGAAAGGGGGGAGAGAGAGAGGGGGACGACAUGCAGUAAAGGGCCUCAGGUUAUAAUUGAACCCUGGGCUGCUGCGGUAAGGACUGAGCCUUGGUACAUUGAACACACACUCAACCAGGUUGAACUAUUCUAAUGUAGAAGUCACACAACUGAUUUGUGUCUGCUUUCUCAAGAAUCUUAGAGAGAAAAGGAAGAUAUACAUAGGUCUAUAGUUGGCUAAGAUCUAGCUCUGGAUCAAGAGUGGGCUUUGGAAGAAGAGGUUUAAUUAGAGCUACUUUAAAGGACUGUGGUACAUAAUCUGUCAAUAAAGACAUAUUGAUCAUAUCUAGUAAAAAAGUGCUAACUAAGGAUUAAAUCCUAGCCUAGUUGGGAUGGGUUCUAAGAGACAGGUUGAUUGCUUAGAUGAAGAAAAGUUAGUUGGUUAAGUUCGAUGGGAGAAAAGCAGUCUAAAUAUAUAUCAGGUUUAACAUCUGUUUCUAGGGUUCCUGUGUUUGAAGAUAAAUCUGUACCAGCAGGAGGUGAUGCAUUUUGUCUCUAAUAAUUCAAAUUUGAUUAUUAAAACGUUACUAAUAGUAGGUAAUAAGAAUUCUAGUAUACUAGUAUACUCUGACAGAAACCAAACAAAUCUAAUAAUGACAUAACAUGGUAUUAAAGCUGUCAUCAGAAUACAGACUAGGAGCAUGGUACACAAAUAAAAUUGGCCUUAGCGUAUUCCAGGUUGGGUGUGAAACCCUGAAAGACUAAAAUCAAGGCUUUCAAAUGACUUGUAACUUAGUUUAGGGUUGAUUAUUAGGCUUGAGUCAAAGAUGUGUGCAACUCCACCUCCUCGGCCGGUGCCUUGAGGAAUGUGAGCAUAUGCCGUUUUUUGCAAUCUUCCCACUGCAGCUUUAAGUAAGAAAAAGUAAAUCAAUAUGACAAUUUGAUAUUAAAUAGUUUACUAGUACAUCUUUAGAUGACAGAGAUAUUAUGUUAAAGAGCCUUCUUCUAUUUUGUUGUAGGCCUACUAGCAGAGGUGGUUUUCAUUUUUAUUAGGUUUUAAUGUAUAUCUUCC